AUGCCGUCCUCUAACAUGGUGACCGUCGUACAACCGGCGCCGUCUACGGCCUCCACAGUCUCUACCACCACCAUCUUCGUCUACAGCCAGGAACCGCCGUCGACAGCCAGUACUUCGACUGCACCUGAACCACUGAUUCCCGAACCGUACAACUCCGUUUUCACGUUCAUAGGCGUGAUUGCAGCCAUCGUCUACUUCAUUGGAUACACCAUUCCGCAUUGCAAAAAGAAGUUCAUCAAGUGGCUCCGACGCAAGAAAAUCCGGGAACAACGACUCACCAAGGAACGGGAGGAAAAAGAGGAAAAGCCUAUUAGGGAAGGCGUCGAGAAGGUUGUCACGGGCGUGCAAGUACUGCCGGAGGCCAUGAUGAAUUCCAUGGCGGAAUUCAUUAAGGGGGCGGUGAAAGAGGGAUACGAGAACGGCGCGAAGGACGCGAUGAAGGGCGUGGGGGAGAUCAUCACGAAGGCAGUCAUGGAGGGUACCAAGCAUGGGUACAAGGAGGGAUUCAAAGACGCGAUAGAGGGAAUAGAGGAGGUGAUCGCAAAGGCAGUGACGAAGGGAACUAGUAAGGGCAUUAAGGGUGCGAUAAAGGAAGUGAAUCAAACGGCAAGCGACGGCGUAGAAAAGGUUGUGACCGCGGUCCAGGGGAUAGAGGAGAUGAUGAAAGUGGGCCUCGAAGAGAUGGAUCUGAGGGCCCGGUCGAUCGAGUAUCGAGUAGAUUGGAUGCUCGAUUACCACUUGGAUGAGAACGAGAGGUUUGGUCUCCUCAAGGCGAUUCUCCUUGGAUUGCUGAGGAAGGAUGACCCUCCCAGUGAUCCCCAGGCAUUUUGGGGUGCAGAUCCAGUCCAUGUCGAGAAUCAGAUCACGGUGAACGAAUCGGACUCGAAGAAUGACAGAAAGCCGUGGUAG